CAGGGACAGAACCUGUGACUAUGAAGUCAUUGCAAUUCCUCGCUGCAGAGGGCUUCAUCCGAAGCGGUCCAGCUGCUAUGGAGAAUCUCAGUGGCGUGUCCUUUAACCUCUACCCACUUCUCUUCAAGGCCUGCUACCUUCAUGAGCAGGCAGACAUGCUGCAUGCACUGGUCCAGACGUGGCCCCUGCGUGAACUUAACAUACAGAAGCUUUUGGGAAAAACUGCAGGCUGUCAGAUGGACCUCACCUCCCGCACCUGCCGGCUUUGUCUUGAAGCUCUAUUAACAGGCCUGAAGGAUUACGUGCUGAGUCCUCCCAAAACCUAUGCCAAGAGUCUUCAUCUGGUGGACCUGACAGCUCUGAAGGAUGUUGAGCACCAGGCCUGUCCCUGCAGGUCCACUCUCGGGCGAUGGGCAAGAACCCAUCUCUUAACCCAAAUGUGCUAUGAGACCAUGGUGGCAAUGCAAGCCAGUGAUGUAUCCAUAUCUGCUUUUGAAACUUCCAUUGAUGUCCAUUUGAAUGGCUUUGUCACAGGCCGCAGCUAUGAGUUGGUGGCCCAGGCCUUCCUCCUCAUCCGCUACUGCCCACUAAAACUUCGCUUUGUAGGUUUUCGGGCUGAUUCCCUUGCUCUCAAGCAGCUCUUUUAUGUUCUCAGACUAGCAGAGCCAAAGUGUAUUUCAAAGCUUGAGGUGGUCCACAAUGUUCCCCUAGAGGCUACACACCUGGAGGUGUUGCUAUCGAGGGUAGAGUUUCCCAAACUGCAGUCUUUGACCCUGCCAACUGGGGCUUUGGAUGUGAGGAGGCUGGGACGUGAUGAUGAGGAUCUGUUAGCCACCAUUGGCAGACUGCUGGCACAGAUCAGGACUCUAACAGAGCUCUGUGUGGGUUUCUCCACUCUCACCGGACAUUUGCGCAGACUGCUGAGUCCUCUGGACACUCCACUGCAGUGCUUAGAGUUGGCCAACUGUGGCCUGAACCGUGUGGAUAUGACGUACUUGGCCAACAGCCUCCACAGUGAGGCUUUGGUCCGCCUGGACAUCAGCGGGCAUGACAUCAUUGGCUCUUUCUCCACUGCUUUCCACAAACUGCUCCACCGAUGCUCAGCCACACUGGUGAGCCUGGCUCUCGAGGAAUGCGGAAUAGAAGACGAGCACAUGGACAUAUUUACUAAUGCUCUAGGUUGCUGUCAGGCUCUGGAAGAGCUCAAGUUCAUGGGAAAUCCGCUGACAUCUGCAGCUCUGCAGCGGCUCUUCUCCAUGCUGGCUGCAGGGUUUUCCAAGUUAAAGUAUAUAGAAGUACCUGUUCCACGUGAAUGCUACCCUGAAGAAGUUACCUAUCCACUGGAUGACUCAGCCUUGCUACAGUACAACAAGGACUUGUUUCAGGAGAUCAGGGACCAGCUGAUGGGGAUCCUGGCAGGUGCUGGGAAGGGGAGUGUGGAGGUGUGCACUCCGCUGAUGGGGGCCUAUGACCCAGACAUCAAUGAAACCAGCAAUGAGCUGGGAGUGUGCAUGUUAACAUCUUUUAAUAGUGUCAUUGGGACAUUUAUAGGCACCAUAAGUGAAGUGGAUUCCAGGAGAUCACAGAAAAAUAACUAAUGGUAUUUGCUAUGGCUAAGUAAGGACAGGAAGGAAUAGGCAGACUAAAGCACAGUUAUUGGAUCUGGUGCACGAAUCCACACCUACUGUGUGAACCGAGGACCUGUUUCAGAAAGGAUAUUUAACAAAUUCAGCCUCAUACGAAGAUGGGAAAUUCAGGAGUUUCAACACAGAUGACCAGAGUUGGUUAUCUCAGAGUCUGUACUAUGACUUCAUGAGUCCCUGGUUAUUGACAAAAUCCAUUAUCAUUGGGGCUGAGAUGAUUCACCAUGGCAACAGAUCAUGAAGAGCUGCAGUUUUAGUUUAAAUGAGUAAAAAAUACAUGCAA